AUGGCCUCGCGCCGUGGACCGCAGCCGGAGCAGGAGGCUGCGGGCGGUGGCAGAGGAGGAGCAGAGGCGACACGGAGGAGGCCCAGAGGGUGGCGAGCCGUCGCCUUCAUCAUCGGGGUCUACGCGGCAGCUUAUAUCGCGGGCAACGCCUUCUCCUUCUCCCUCACCAGCUACCUCAUCGGCCGCUACAACAUGAAGCAGAACGCCGCCACGAACGUGAACAACGUCUUCUCCGGCACGUUCAACUUCGCGCCCGUCGUCGGUGCCUUCGUCGCCGACGCGUUCUGGGGCAGGUUCAGAACCCUGCUGUUUGGCCGGAACCGUGGUCGGAGUUGCUGUAAGUUUUUGCCUUGUGAUCGUGUCACAUGUUUUCUCUUCAGCGACAUUUGCAAACCACCAGUGGAAACACAUGCAAUGGCGGUUAUCACUCUAUCGGCGACUAUCCAUCAGCUUAAACCUCCAACGUGCAGCCCGACGGCACAGCAAGCCGGGACGUGUGUCGCCCCGUCGGCACUGCAGCGAGCCGUGCUCUACCUCGGCAUGGGGCUGCACGUGGUGUCCGCCGGCGGCAUGAACCCGACUAGCCUGCCCUUCGGCGCGGACCAGUUCGACGAGAGGAAAGAGCACCACAAGGGAGGGCUCACGCGCUUCUACAACUGGUACUACGCCGUCGCCAUGGUAGCCACGUUCCUGGCGCUCACCGUCGUGCUGUACGUCCAGGUCAGCGUGAGCUGGGGCCUCGGCUUGGCCAUCCCCACGGCGCUCAUGGCCGUCGCCUUCGUGGUGUUCCUCGUAGGCACCAAGGUGUACGUCUACGUGCCGCCCGAGGGAAGCAUCUUCUCGAGCGUCGCGCGGGUGUUCGUCGCGUCGUGCCGCAAGUGGAGGCUCCCGCUGCCGCACCCCGAGGACGCGCGGCGGCAGGAGGAGCUCCUGUACAACCCUCCGGCCGCCGUCGGGAACGGGCGCCGCGUGUUCAAGCUCCCCCUUACUCUGCAGCUCAGCUUUCUAAACAAGGCGGCCAUCGUGACCGACGCCGCCGACGAGAUACGGCGCCCCGGCGAGGCCGUGGAACCUGUGCAGCGUGCAACAGGUGGAGGAGGCCAAGUGCCUCCUGAAGAUCAUCCCCGUGUGGAUCUCCGGCACCCUGUGCACUUCACCAUCCCGCCGGCAUCGAUCGUCGCCGUGCUCUACCUCUCUGUCGUGCUAUUCGUGCCCGUCUACGACCUGCUCAUCGUUCGCGCCGCGCGGCGGGUCACCAAGGCAGGACGCGGCAUCACCUUGCUCCAGAGGCAGGGCGCCGGGCUGGUGGUCGGCGCGUUGGCGUUCGUUGUCGCGGCCGCCGUGGAGCGGAGGCGGAGGCACUCCGCACUGGCACACGUCAACGGCAUGUCCCCGCUGUCCGUGUUCCUCCUGGCACCGCAGCUCGCCGUGAUGGGCGUGUCGGGUGGGUUCAGCAUGGUGGGACAGACGAAGUUCUACAACACGCAGUUCCCAGACCAAAUGCGCACUCUCGCCAACGCGGCCUUCUACUGCGCGCAGGGCGUCAGCAGCUACCUGGCCACGCUCGUGGUCAACAUCGUGAACGCGAGGACGAGGCAACACGGUGGGUCUGCGGGCUGGGUCACAGACGACAUCAACGCUGGGAGGAUCGACUACUUCUACUAUGCCAUGGUGGUGCUCACUGGGGCCAACUUCGUCUACCUCCUCGUGUGCUCGCACUUCUACCAGUACAAGGGCGAGCAGGCUGCUGAAACUCCUGCUGGACGUGAACCUGUAACGGACAGUGGUAGCUUAAGCGAGAGUGACGCCACACUCCUAAAGACAUAG